AUGCCGCCCCCAGAGCUGAGGCCCGGCCGGCACCACGAGGGUCAUCUCAGAGCUCUCCGGGGGCCCUCCGUGGCACCCGCCACCAGGGUGGCCGCCCGGAGGGUGCAGGUGGGGCCCGCAGCCACGCCCCCGCUACGCUCAGGUGGGGCCCGCAGCCACGCCCCCCGCUACGCUCAGGUGGGGCCCGCAGCCACGCCCCCGCUACGCUCAGGUGGGGCCCGCAGCCACGCCCCCCGCUACGCUCAGGAGCGCCGCGACGCCCAGCCCCAGGUCCCGAGCUCCCGGAAGCCGGCGGCCGCCCACUACCCCAGCUCGGAUGUCCACUCAGCAAACAGGCCCGAGCAGCCAUCGGGGGGCGGGCAGCUAGGCUUGGGUGGGGGGCCCGGGGAGCCCCGAGGGAGCCCUGAGCUAGCAGCCUGGGGCUGGGGCCGGGCCCCCACCCACGCCCUUGAGGGCACAGGAGGCCGGGUGGCCGCUCCCUGUGUUGUGAAGACCAGCGCGGGACGGCAGGAGAGCCCGCGGCUGCUGCCUGACCGCGCCGCUGACGUGUUCUCCCCAAAUCUGGUGGCUGAGGGGCCGGGGGCAUUCGGCCUCAUCGGCGUGGGGGCGCUGACCGACCUGCGGUACCUGAAGUGUCGUGAGCUUCCAGCUACGCGGAUCUACUUACCUGCCGUUGACUUGGAACUCCAUUUCGACGUGACUCGCGAGUUGCUUCGGCGUCUGGCGUGGCUCGGCACUCACCGCGGCUCGUGGGUCUCCAGACCUACCGUUCGCUCGGUGUUCGGAAGCCUCAGGCUGUCUCCUGAGGACCUUCCUGUCCGCGCCCUCCCCGGGGAGGACUCGUGGGCCACCGAGUGUCCUGGGCUCGGGGUCCUCCCCCGACUGGAGCGGGAGCCGGACAUCGGAGACCGGCCCUGCGGCUGGCUGGCUGGUUUCCACCACCGGGCCGGGCGCUGCGGCCCACGGCCUGAGCCUCGCGGUGUGGGGCCGCUGACCGAGCGCAGCGGGGCUGUGGGGGCACUCGAGCGCUGCGGCCUGACCAGCGUCUUACGGGAGGCCGACCUGGACGAGGCCUACCAGGACGCGGCCAGCAACGUGCUCGUGGCCAUCUGCAAGCACGCGUGGCGGGCUGUGGCCUCGCGCCUGGAGGCCGAGCUCCUGACGGGCGUCUUCCCGCACCGCAGCUUCCUCUACGUGAUGGGCGUCCUGUCCUCCAGCGACCAGUUCUCCAGCCAGGACGAGAAGGUGUGCUGGGACCAGCAGCUGCUGAAGGUCCUGCUAGACAAGGAGCCCCAGGACACGCUGUGCACGGCCAGCCGCCAGCAGGCCAUCUGCCUCAUCUCCAGCCUCUGUGACCUCAGGCCCCCCCCGGACUUGGAGAUGAGGUCGCGGCUGCUGUCCACCUGCUUCCGCAGCGUGCUGAGCCUGCCGCUGCUCGACGUCCUGGAGAAGCACACCUGUCUCUUUCUGGAGCCGCCCAACGUGCAGGAGCUCUACGCCAGGCUGUGGGAGGCCCUGGACCAGAUGCUGCAGGACUUCCUCCGGCGGAAUCCCACGGCCGGGGAGCUGCACCUCCUGCUGUCGAAGGCGCACGAGCGGCAGCGGGCUGUGCGCAGCUGCACCGGCCUCCUUAAAUUCCUGAACCACAGGCUCCUCCUGGACCCGAAAGAGGACUUCAAGCGGACGGGGCAGCUGCUGGGCAUGCUGGGCAUCCUGUGCCGGGACCCCGACCAGGCCACCCAGCGCGCCAGCCUGGAGGGCGUCGGCCACCUCUACCAGCUCCUGCUGCGGCAGAGAGGCGAGGAGCCACCCGAGGUCACGAAGCAGCUCACAGUGACAGAGCUGAUGGACCUGGCCUGGACCGCCGUCGAUGGCCUGGGCGCCACCAGCCCCUUCUGCGUGCGGGCGGCCGCAGAGGCCCUGCUGGCCGUCGUCCAGGAGCAUGGGGCCCAGCUGGAGACGGUCGCCCACCUGGGCCGGGCCAUCCACCUGCGUCUCUGCUCGGUCCGCAUCCCCCAAGCCAAGGAAAAUACCCUGCGCGCCAUCACCCUGCUGGCCCGCAGCCACGCCUCGGAGCUGGUCACCACCUUCCUGGACAUCUCCAUCGCCCUGGACAGCCACGCCCUCUGCCUGUGGCGGGCCCUGGGCGCCGAGCUGCACAUGAGCCACCAGGUGCUGGCCAUGCUGCUGGGCUGCCUGCGGGAGAGGCCCCUGCCCACGGGCGCCGGCAGCCCCCCCAAGGAGAAGCCGUACCUGCGCUCCCUGGCCGUGAGCUACAAACUGGACCGCCUGCACCCUGACCCCAGAGCCCCACGCUGGGCGCCCAGGGACGCUGGCCCAGUGACGGCCCCCCGCCCGCACAGCACAUCCCUGGAGGCGCUGAAGAGCCUGCUGUCCACCACGGGGCACUGGCAGGACUUUGCCCACCUGGAGCUGCAGAGUGCCUGGGAGCUCCUGGCCGCGGUGCACACCUACCCGCAGGGCGUGGGCCUCCUCGCCAGGGCCAUGGUGCAGAACAGCUGCCGACAGAUCAAGGCGGUGACCGUCCAGCUGCUGCCCCAGCUGCAGAGCCCGGAGGGGCGGGAGCGCAGGGCGGCCGUGCUCGUCCUCAUGGAGUUCCUCUACAGCCCCGCCCUGCUGGACGUGCUCCCCAGAGACGAGGCCCUGACCUUGCUCUCACGGAGCCUCUGGGACCCCGACCCCCAAGUCCGCGUCUGGAGCCUGCAGGGCCUGGGGAACAUCCUUUUCCACCCCGAGAAGGUAGGGGCCGCCUCUGACCCCUCCUCCUCUCCUGGAGCUUUCGAAGACCUCAAAGCAGACCCGGAGCCGGGCAUCCGGGAGUUCGCCAGCAGGCAGCUCGCCUUCCUGCAGGAGGUGGCCGGCGCCACGCGGCAGUGA